AUGGCUUCGGAGGGCGGCUCAAGCUCGGUGGAUGCGUUUCCGCCGAAGCUCUUGGUGCAUGAGCAAGGAUUUCAGCUGCCCAAGGAAGAGGGCGGUGGUGGGUCAGACUCCGCUGUGGAUUAUGUAGCUCAGCGGAAAUGGAGCAAGGAGAAGAGCCAAGGCAAGGAUGCGAGCAUGCGCAAGAGGCCUAAGUGGUACAAUUGCAAUAAUUUUGGUCACAUUGCCCAGAAGUGCAUCAAGCCGGAAAGGCGGGAGCUCAAACCGAGGCAAAAGAAGGGAGGGAAACCUUCCAAGGGAGUGAUUGAGGGCGUAGCUGCCGACGAGUGGCUCGUCGAAUCGGGUAGCUCCAAGCACCUAACCGGGGACAAGAGCCUAUUUGAGACCCUCGAGUCGUUCGAGGGGAGUGGCCGAGAGUUCACACGUUCGGGGACAAGGCACAUGUCACGUACGCGGAUCUCAGACCAGGAGAACGGCAACUGUGAGCUUGAGGUUGACCGGAAGGUAGUGCUUGUAGCUCGGAAAGUGAAGGGGAUCUACGUAGUCGACCGGGCGGAGAACGCAGGAUCUCCAAAAGUGGUUCAAAAGGGGCCGCUUUCGAAAAUGGAGCGGGAUGGCGCCGUGCUGGAGGAGGACGCGUGCUUCCUCGUAAGAUAG